GCUUCAGUUUCAAAGUACCAUAAAAUAAAGAUGUUUCUUCUCGUCGUCUUUGCUUGCAUUGCAUUGGCUCAAGCCUCUUUUCUUCCUGCCCAACCUUAUGAUUACGGAUAUGCCGUCAAUAAUCUCUUCAGCCACCAGUACAAGCAAGAAGCCGGAAACGGUGUUGGAGGUGUAGUGGGAAGCUACGGUACCGUUGAUGCUCGAGGAAACUUCCAAUACAGGAACUAUGCAUCGGGUGCCGGAUAUCCCAUCUACGGCUAUGGAUUAAAUGGAUACGGGCUCAGAUACGAUGGAUAUGGACUUCCAUAUGGAGCUUAUGGAAAUCUUGGUUAUCGUUAUGGAGGUGCAUUAGGAUACCCCGCCUUGAUUUAAGUUGCGGCCAUCUCUGUUAUGAAAGGGAGGCACUAUUCUUUUCAAUAGCGCCUAACCUUAAAAUAUUUCAUCUUUAAAUUUCUAGUGCAUGAUUAUUGUAACUAUUUAAUUUUCUUGAUA